CGCCAAGCGCGGCGGCGGCAGGAGGAGCCGAGCGCGCCUGCCACGCAAAACCACCAGGCUGGCUGGGCGGCUGGUGCGGUGCGCGAUCCCAGGUGGCAGCAGCAACGGCGGUGGUGACAGCGGCGACUGCAGCGACCAGCGGUCACCUAUCUCCUAUACACCUGCAUCUCGCCAGCCGCCGAGCAGCCAGCGGUCCCCGGGUCGCCUAGCCCACGCGCUCACGGCCGAGCUCCACGCACAAUAGCGGCGACCGCCAUGGGGAAACCGGCGAGGAAGGGAUGUGAGUGGAAGCGCUUCCUGAAGAAUAACUGGCUGCUGCUGUCCACUGUGGCCGCGGUGGUGCUAGGCAUUACCACAGGAGUCUUGGUUCGAGAACACAGCAAUCUCUCAAAUCUGGAUAAAUUCUACUUUGCUUUUCCUGGAGAAAUUCUAAUGCGGAUGCUGAAACUCAUCAUUUUGCCAUUAAUUAUAUCCAGCAUGAUUACAGGUGUUGCUGCACUGGAUUCCAAUGUAUCUGGAAAAAUUGGUCUACGUGCUGUUGUGUAUUAUUUCUGUACCACUGUCAUUGCUGUAGUUCUAGGUAUUGUGCUGGUGGUAAGCAUCAAGCCUGGUGUCACCCAGAAGGUGACUGAAAUCGAGAGGACAGGCAGCACCCCUGAAGUCAGUACAGUAGAUGCCAUGUUAGACCUCAUCAGGAAUAUGUUCCCUGAGAAUCUUGUCCAGGCCUGUUUUCAGCAGUACAAAACUAAGCGUGAAGAAGUGAAGCCUCCCAGCGACCCAGAGACGAACAUGACAGAACAGUCCUUCACAGCCGUCAUGACAACUGCUAUUUCCAAGAACAAAACAAAGGAAUAUAAAAUCGUUGGCAUGUAUUCAGAUGGCAUAAAUGUCCUAGGCUUGAUUGUCUUUUGCCUUGUCUUUGGACUUGUCAUUGGAAAAAUGGGAGAAAAGGGACAGAUUCUGGUGGAUUUCUUCAAUGCUUUGAGUGAUGCAACCAUGAAAAUCGUUCAGAUCAUCAUGUGUUACAUGCCGCUAGGUAUUUUGUUCCUGAUUGCGGGGAAGAUCAUAGAAGUUGAAGACUGGGAAAUAUUCCGCAAGCUGGGCCUCUACAUGGCUACAGUCCUGACUGGGCUUGCAAUCCACUCCAUUGUAAUUCUCCCACUGAUAUAUUUCAUAGUCGUAAGAAAGAACCCUUUCCGAUUUGCCAUGGGAAUGGCCCAGGCUCUCCUGACAGCUCUCAUGAUCUCUUCCAGCUCGGCAACACUGCCUGUCACCUUCCGCUGUGCUGAAGAAAAGAACCAAGUGGACAAGAGGAUCACUCGAUUCGUGUUACCCGUUGGUGCUACAAUCAACAUGGAUGGGACGGCGCUCUAUGAGGCAGUGGCAGCGGUGUUUAUUGCACAGUUGAAUGAUCUGGACUUGGGCAUUGGGCAGAUCAUCACCAUCAGUAUCACAGCCACAGCUGCCAGCAUCGGGGCUGCUGGCGUGCCCCAGGCCGGCCUGGUGACCAUGGUGAUUGUGCUGAGUGCCGUGGGCCUGCCCGCCGAGGAUGUCACCCUGAUCAUCGCUGUCGACUGGCUCCUGGACCGGUUCAGGACCAUGGUCAAUGUCCUCGGUGAUGCUUUCGGGACAGGCAUCGUGGAAAAGCUCUCCAAGAAGGAGCUGGAGCAGAUGGAUGUUUCAUCUGAAGUCAACAUUGUGAACCCCUUUGCCUUGGAAUCCACAAUCCUUGAUAAUGAAGACUCAGACACCAAGAAGUCCUAUGUCAAUGGAGGCUUUGCAGUAGACAAGUCUGAUACCAUCUCAUUCACCCAGACCUCACAGUUCUAGGGCCCCUGGCUGUAGAUGACUGGAAACAAGGAAGGACAUCUCCAUGAGAGUCAUCUCAAACACUGGUUAAGGAAAAGAGAAACACUAAUGGCCAAGUGUACAUUUGAUUUGAUAUACAGACCUCCAGAUUAUUUUCUAUAUUUGGAUUCAGGCUUUGCUCUCCAAGUUUUGGGAGUUGGGGGUGGGGUAAGAUGAAGGAAAACUGAUUAAAAGGAAAGCUCUAUUAUCUGGGUUUUAGAAAUUCUAUAAGAGACAAAGUUUGGAAGUAUAUAAAGUAAUAACUGUUAGAAUUAGGUAAUGGAUAUGAAAGAGAAAAUGCUUUCUCAUGCACAGACAACUGUUUUGGGUUUUUUAAAAAAUAUUUUGUCAUCGGUUACAAAUUUUUACUCAGGCUUUCUAUUGGCAUGGAUUUCCUUUGACCUCUCACUUUUUUUAUAAAUUAUAAUGCAUCUAAACAACUUCUUCCCAGUUAAUGUGCCAAAAUGUCCAUUUUCAACUUAUCUCCAGCCAAUUUCAAAGAAAACAGACCAGCACAGUUCUGCAAUAAUACUUUUAAGACAGGCAUAGGGUUUGGAGGGAAAGGAGAAGGAUUCUUUUUUCAAUGUACUGUAUUGGGACACUGGUAACUGUUAACCCAGUGUUCAGCGUAG